CGUCCAGUAGUUGACGUUGUCGCUCGUUCUCCUCUUUUGUUCGACAAAGUUCCUCCUCGUACUCUGCUAUGGUUCUUUCCAACACUACAAAUAUUUCUUCCACAGCCAAAGCUAGUCGCUGGUUCACCAACGCUCUCAGCAUUUGGACAUUUGGACACAUUUUCACACGAUCGCGACACUUUACACUCGCACUCGAUCUACGCUUAGCGAUGCGUUGAUCGCGUCCGGGUUUCUUUGUUAGCAGCUAGCGAGCUAAGCUAGCCCGAGUAAUGGCGGGUUACUUCUUUUUCGGUUUUGUGGCGGUUGGCAUCCCUGAUUUUGGUGCAUUACCGCCCCCUUUAGUUUCAUCGCCAUUACAGUCACAAGCUAACUAAAACCAUCAUGGCAGCCAAGCCCGCGCAGAGCAUAAUACGGAAGUCGCAGUACGACCGUUGUUAACGCGAUACUUCUUGGCCAAUAGCGACCUUUCUUACUGGGGAGUUGGCAACAGUGUAAGAAAGCGGAAGUUUACCAACGUUGCAGCUAGGCAAAUGGCGAACGCGCCAAAUUGCAACAAAAUGGAUUUAAACCACCCAGAGACGCACUGCCGCUACUGACUACAUUUCUGAGGUGUUUGAAAGAAGGAUGGCGGCGGUCGAGGAGGAACUUUGUCGAACAAGAAAGGAGAACGAGCGACGACGACAACUGGAGGUUUGCACCACUGACAUCUCGCCACACAUUCAAGACCUCCAACACCUCAUUGGUUAUCCAGAAGAACGUCCUCCUCGGCCGCAUGGAGGGAGCUCCAUUUUGAAGCGGGCCCCCUUAGUCAAAGAGGAGAAGGAGGAGCCAGAGGCCCUCCACGUUAAAGAGGAAGAGGAGGAACUCUGGAUCACUCGGGAGGAAGAGCGUCUUCUUGGGCGAGAGGACGCUGAUCUCACCAAGUUACCACUGACCAUCGUCUCCGUGAAGACUGAAGACCGUGAAGCCAAACCACCUGAGUCCUCACAGCUUCAUCCUGGUCCAAGUGGGGAGGAGACGAGGGAGGCGGAGCCUCCGAGCAGCAGCUCAACAGAAGCCGAUGGAGACCACUGUGGAGGAUCACCAGCAGACAAGCUCUUAGCUCCACUAUCAGAUAGCGAGCACACGACGUCACACUCUCCUGACACUGAUGAUGAUGAUGAUGAUGAAGACUCUACAGCUGAUAUGACAUGUCACCCUGACAACACACGCUUGAAAUGCCAACACUGCGACAAGACCUUUAACGAUCGCAGUAACAUGAAAAGACACACGAGACUGCACACGGGAGAGAAACCAUUCCAGUGCUCAGUUUGUGAUAAAAGAUUCUCCCUGAAGACCAACUGGAGGUUACACAUGACGAUACACACCGGUGAGAAGCCUUUUUCCUGUUCAGUGUGCGGUAAAGGUUUUGUACGCAAACAAAAUUUGACAAUACACACAAGAAUACACACCGGAGAGAAACCGUUUUCCUGUUCCGUGUGCGGGCGAAGCUUUGUACAAAUUCAGUGUUUGAAAACGCACAUGACCGUCCACACUGGAGAGAAAACCUUUUCCUGUUCAGUCUGCAAGAAAAGCUUUUGUGACCGAACAAACCUUUUACAGCACAUGAGAAUACACACCGGAGAGAAACCAUACUCUUGUUCAACAUGUGGUAAAAUGUUCUCUCAAAAGCCAAACUUGCAAGCACACAUAAGAAUACACACCGGAGAGAAACCAUAUUCCUGUUCAUUCUGCGACGAAAGCUUUUGUCACCGAUCCACGUUUGUGAGACACACGAGGAGACACACGGGAGAGAAAGUGUUUCGGUGCAGCGCGUGUGCCGAACGAUUCUCUUAUAAGUACCAGCUUAGUAACCACACGUGCGCUGGGGAGAACAGCGGCAGGAAGUGAAGCUGCACUCUGCUUCCUGUUGGGGAGAACAGUGCCAGGAAGUGAAGCUGCACCGCUUCCUGUUGGGGAGAACAGUGCCAGGAAGUGAAGCUGCACCGCUUCCUGUUGGGGAGAACAGUGCCAGGAAGUGAAGCUGCACUCUGCUUCCUGUUGGGGAGAACAGUGCCAGGAAGUGAAGCUGCACCGCUUCCUGUUGGGGAGAACAGUGCCAGGAAGUGAAGCUGCACCGCUUCCUGUUGGGGAGAACAGUGCCAGGAAGUGAAGCUGCACCGCUUCCUGCUGGGGAGAACAGUGCCAGGAAGUGAAGCUGCACUCUGCUUCCUGUUGGGGAGAACAGUGCCAGGAAGUGAAGCUGCACCGCUUGAAAUCACCUGUCAAGACUGUGAGAACUUUAACCUUCUAACAACAUCAACAUGUGACAUCAUUGCUGUGUGAAAAGUUGCUCUGUUGUUAGCUCUUAGCCUGGUUAGCCUGGUUAGCAAGCCAGACUGUUAGCAUUUAGCAUAGUUUAGCUCUCACCUGCUUUAUUUAUUCAUGACAUUCUCCAUUGUUCAUCCUUUUAGUCACUCCCCACAGUAUUCCUGUUACUGCCAAAGAAUCCAUUUUAGAGGCUAAAGUAUCGGAGGCAUCGGUUUUCAGUAUCGUUCCGCUCGUCAUUAGAAGAAGGCAAAUGGCGACUGCGGCAAAGAGUAAAAGGUAUCCAAAAAUUUGACCCAGAAGAGACACAUUGCCACUACUGGCAAUGGCUGCCUAAAAGACAACAAAUGGAUGUGAAUAAUGCCCAAUAAAGGUCAAAGGUCAAAAAAGAAAGGUCAACAUGAAGCAAUCAAUGCAAUAGUUCGUUUGUAAUAUUCAACCACAUACUUUAGCUGGGCGGUGGCGGUAAGGAUCGUCAUGGCUGCUUUGCCAGCCGCCAAGGUGUGGGAGUGUAUUCAUAACAAGACAAGAGUGCGCCAUAUUGUAUGAUAACCAAAAACUUGCUAAAAAAAUUUGUCAUGUUAACCGAAACGCCAAAAGGGGUCAUUUGUCAUUUAUUUAGUCUUAUUUAUGUCUUAUUUUCUCCUAUUAUGUCUACUGCAUUGGGUAAUAGGAGUAUAAAGGGAACUAUAGGGGUGCUAUUUUGUGGCUUAAGGGCUCUAAUAAUGUUGUAAACAAUUUUUCUAUGCUCUAACUACCAAAAAAUGUCCUUUUAUAAAUCAGGGUUGGGAACCAAUUACCCAUGAUAAAUGAGGAAUAUAAAUAUAUGGUCCAACCUUAUGGAAUAUUUAUCAUGAGAACAAACCAAAUGAAAUUGUAAACACUAUUUCAUAAUUAUUCCCACCAAUAGAGGGUAUUUUGGUGGGAUGUUUAUGUUCCAAAUCCUUUUUUUUUUUUGAGAAAACCAAGUUACCUUCACUUGACCUCCGACAAAGAAAUAUAACAAGCCAGACUUUUCAAAGGCUCUAAGAAAUGAACACCAACUCCCUUCAUAGAGCCAUAAAUCCCAUCUCUACAUGGAAUGUUUACAGGAAACCACUAGAUGGCAAAGUUGGCUCAUCUAACGCCUCAGAAAAGAAUCCUUAUUUCUUACAUAUGAAUAGAAAUACUACAGUAUGUACUGUAAGUUACUGCUGCUACUGCUUUUUAUUCGGCUGUUCCUGUUCCUGAUUCCUCCACACGACUGGCAGUUAUUGAGCCUAAUGCAUGUUGACAGAAACUGAUUUACAUCUUCUCCAAUUUCGUUUGCGUCCCAGCCUUCUCCUUUGGAAGCAUGAUGGAAGGGAAGGGACAAAGAUUCCGUCAGGGCAAAAAUGCUAACAUAUGAAAAGCUGAUGCAAGUCUCAAUCCGGGUGUUCUUUAAUCAAACAACAACUUUAUGAAUUAUAUGAAUUCAUUUCAAAAAGGGAAAAUAUCUGCUGCGUGUUGAAUUUACCACCAAGGAGGGUACAGUGGUACCUUGGUUAGCAUCAUCAAUCUGUUCCAGAAGGUCCAAAUCUAACCCAAAUGGAUCAUAAAACAUAGAAAUAUAAAUGACGAAUGAGAGGCGGCGUAUGAAUGACAGGUCACUUUGUGAACACGGUCCAACGGGAAGCUGGACUAGCUGCUGUCGCCGAAGUCCAACGCCUUUCCAAAGUUACUCGGUCGUGUUGAAGAGCCAGAAGAGAAGCUAUAAUUAAGAAUUUAUCAGGUUUGUUCUAAUGACAAGUUCACCGAUGUCUGGAGCUGCUAAUCAGCUUUGUCAACCACAAUCAAAUUGUACCGGCAAAAUUAGGAAGUGUGAUUCGGCAGCUGUCUGGAAGUCCUUGGGAGCGCUUUGGAACGUGACCAAUCACAGGGGAGUGGGCUCAGCUGG